AUGGCUACUCCUGGUUCGUCGUCGUCUGUCUUUUCAUCGUUGCCAGCCAGACCGCCGACGCCGCCGCGUGACAUUUCGAACGAGGCCGACGAUGCACUGCGUUUCUUGCAGGAAGGGCAUCAGAAGAGCGACGCACCCACGCAGGGAACCUCGACGGCCCGGCCACUGCCAUCUACAGACACUCCACCGCAACGCUCACCUACAUCCUCGCAAUCACGAGGAUCAAAUAACGCGAAGAAAGUCGACUUUUCGCCUUGGCCGACAUACCACAAGAUACCUCAUCUUGGACAGUCCAGCUCGCCUCAGACUCGGGCUCUGAGGCAGACACCGCUGUCUCGAGCAGCAAAGCCGCUGAAGUCAAUCCUCAAACCCGCCGCCGAUCGACUCCCCCCAACUCCCGACGAGCUCAGCGACAGCAAGCUCAGUUACUUCUCACCCCAAGAACCGGGCAGCUUUCGCAAGAUGCUCCAAUCGGUCCUGCAUCAGUUGGAAAGCACAUCGCGCGAUGCACGCCGUGACGCAUAUCUUGCCCUCAAUGGGGCUCUCAAGGCGUAUGAGGGUGUGCCUGAGCCUCAGGCCAUCGUGGAGAAGAUCAAGCCCUUGAUGCAGUUCAUAACGCGAGACAUGGCGUGGAAAGACGAAACGGGUCGCCUCGAAACCAAUGUGGUCACUCAGGCGCUGACACUCACAUGUKCAAUCAUGUACAACCCCCACACAGCCCACGCCUUGGACGAUGACUUCCGCUCUUUCCUCGUCGAUCGCUCGAUCUUUGUUAUGGAGCAGGCGGACAUGCCCAAAGCUAUAAUCAAGAGCCACAUGUUUCUCCUGUGUCAGCAGCGGUUCUCCACCAGCGUUUUGACAGUUGCACGAGCGGAGAAGCUGAUCACGACGUUGCAGACAGUGGAGAGCAGAUGCAGUGGAAAUAGCGUGUACUCAGCCCGCAUGGUGAUAUACAGUCGACUAAUAGAGCAGGCGGCCGGUACAAUGCUCAGCAGGAUGCGGGACUGGAUCGAACACGUAUUCCACGGUGUGCUCAGUACAUCAAAAGACCUGCGCACUCGAGCGAUUGAAGCCUGCACAGCGGCUGCACUAAUUCUCGGACAUCACCAGCAAGCGAGCAAGGUUCUAUACGAAGUGUGCGAGAAGGAGGCAGAGGAUGGAGCAAGCUAUGGCGAUUACCUCAACCUGCGACUGAUGAAGAUGACGGGGGAUAAGGAGGUGGCAGAGUUUGUUCCUCAAAUAUGGUCUGCAAUCAUCAUGUUCUUCCGUUGCAAGCGAAAACCGGUGGAGAAGUGGCCAAAGUUCAGGACCUGGCUCUUCACGAUCCAGAAAAGCCUUAACUCGGGCGAUCUGAAUGUCAAACGCCAGGCCAAUAUCGCAUGGAACCGAUUGGUGUUCUCCGUGAUGCCCGACUCGACCACCACGGAGACGAUGCGGUCGAUGCUGAGAGUUCCCAUUGAGAAAGCCUUGGAAAAGAAGGGCAACGAUAAGCACUCCCAACAGCUUCGUCAAUUUGCGCUGGACAGCUAUUGCAWUCUCCUACACUACGCCUUACGGCCGGAACUUUCCCAUGAGGAACUUGACUUGGCUUGGGACAUGUACGUUGCUCCCCUCUUGGCUCUCAUGGCGAAAUCGAGCAGCCGGGGCCAGUUGAAUGCUUGUCGCAUUCUUCACGGCUUGUUCAAGAGGGGUGGCGGUCAGUGGAAUGUCAACGCGGUGAAUGAAUCGGAAGCCAUCAAACCAGAAGAGCUUCCGGGGCUGGAUCCGCGGUGGCUACGCUCACGGCUUGGCAAGGUCAUCAAUGUGUUGGAGCCCAUCAUUGUCGCCGGUAUGCAAAAGUCGCCUAAAUACAUUGAACAGAUCGAUUGCAGCUGGAAAUUCUUACUGCAAGCCGUGGCCGAAGCUGGCAGCCAGGAGGUCAAAAUGUCGAACGAAUUGAAGGAGGCUAUUGCUCAGCUGACCAACCUCUUCCGUCGGACCUGGACCUCCUCAAACCAGCUAUCGGCAGAAAGGGACAGCUCUUUCUGGUUUUCCCGAUAUCAGACGUUGCUGCAAAUCGCAGUUGACGCGAUUGGAGCUGGACACUUUGUCGAAGACGUGCUGCACAAAACAACUACAGACGACGUCGAGGCCGCGCCUACACCAUUGCACAGGCCUUCAAAACAUCAUGCGCCCACGCAUUCUUCUUUCGUCUUCUUGUUUGCACUCUACUGCCAGCCGCCGUCAUCAUUGCUCAUUGACAACAACUAUCAGGAGCCUAUUACUUGGUUCCUUCGUCUUCUGUCAGGUGCAAAAGGUUCGUCCAGCGGAGUCCUCGCACUGCUGCAUCGUGCAAAUCACUUCGCCUCGCAGCCUCAUGCCGAUAAAGACACCUGUGAAGCCGCAGGAUUGGUCUGGAUUGCUGUUGCGGAUCUCGCUUUGGAGUUGGUGCAGAAGUCCUUGUCGAAAACUCUUCAACAUGACACCAUCGUCGUGGGAGUCAUUCUACGCUCUGCACUGAACAUUCUUGUUGACGGGCUUGCAACCGUCAGUGACUCUCUUGCUUGCAUAGAAAAGGCACUCGAGCUCUAUUCAGCAUACUGCAAGUGUGCCAAAUACCACGCUGGUGACGGCGGUGUGGUGCUAGGUGUCAUGGAGCCAUUAUCCGUCUCCUUGCUGGAAAAGGCGGAGAAUAUUCCGUUCAGCUCUUUGAUGAGAAUCACCGUUGAAAUGCUGAAACGUGGAGUUUGGCCCAAGAAUCGACAAGAACUUGACCACAGCCGGAAAAAAUUAUGGGCGGUUAGUCUCGAAUUGUCCAAGGGCUCGACGUUUGACCCCUUUGAUGGUGUGUAUAAGCUGUUGGACCAUGUCUUUGAAGAUGCCUACAGAGAGCUUGCGAAUCCACGCGAAGGCGGUAGCCAGCUCUACCACGACUGCUUCACAUUGCUUACAGAAUUUCUACGACGCUGUCCCUUACCGAUACUCCCUACUGUUCUGCGCAAAAUCCAGCGCAGCCUCUCGACCUGGAUCUUGGACACGGAUCGUUUCGUUUUCCUCCUUGUUCAACCUACCACAGACAAAUUAUCGCCACAUGCGAUCGAUUCAAGCGUGAUUGUUGAGUUCUGGUCAAGCAUACUGCAGCUUAUUGGAAAAAUUCCUCGUAAAGACACUCCACUACUGCAAUCACUGGAAAAACUCCUGGUCGCUGGAUUUUCUAGCCCUAGCAAGACAGUUGUAAACAGCACCAUCUCUUUCUGGAACGAGUCGUUCGGCAACGAAACUCUUCUGAUAUAUCCCCCGACACUGCAGUCGGUCUUGCGCGCACGGCGUGCACAGACAGAAUUGUCGCUCCCUGGAUUUCCGGAGGACUUCAGUGACAUGGACAUUGCAAUUCUUCCAGCAUUCGAAGAGUCGCAAUGUCCUCCUGCGGUACCGGCAUUUGCUUUCGCCCCUGCGCCACGCACCACCAAGCAGUCGAAGCGGCUCCAGUCUGCAGAGAACACACUGAUAAAGCAACACCUWGCCGCGAACGACCUCCCAUACGAUGCAGUGGCUGUUAUGGGCAGCUCGUCCGCAAGCUCCACGCCUGCCAAAGCAAAGUCGGGUUCCAGACUUCGCCACCAAGAUUCUCAGAUAGCAUUCGCCCCCAUCGACUCAUCAUGCCCGAGCAACGCUUUCGAAGAGUCACAGCUCCUCACGGAACGCCAACGAGACGUCAAGGAACGGCAACGUGGGGACGCUCAAAUGUUUCCCGACCUCUCAUCUAGUCCAGUUCCUAAAUCGACCGCAUCGAAGAAUCGCCUGGCUAAGAAGUUGGACUUCACCUCCGAUCCCGAGCCAAGUGAGAAUGAAGAUUUGAACGUCACCCCGACAGGUCCCUCGGAUGGAAACCUCAUGAGCGAUGACCUUCCGUCUUCGCCCACUCCUCGUGCUAGCGCUGCUACGCGUGGCGCCGWCGAGGCCGAUGGCGUAGAUGAGGAUGCCUAUGAGACUGACUGCGAUCCCCCUUCGUCUCCUCCGAAGCAGGAGAAGAAUGCGAUCCAUACUCGGCUGCAGCGAGACCAGGAGAAGACCACUGAGAGUGAUAUUGAUUGCACGACUGUGGUUUCGGAGGAUGCAAACGAUGAAAUGCACGACAAUCGAUCCAACCAGGACGCUUCGCACAAGCGCUCGCUUCCGGUGGGCGCAUCAGAUCCGCCGUCCGAUACAAUGCUUCCAACUGCCCAGCUGCAACGCGAGGCCGCAGCCGCAGAGAGCGAGGCUGCUAUGGCGAAGAGUCCUGUCGUGGUGGAAGAGACUGUGAUUGAAGCGGACUUGCCAAAAGACUCGCAACGCACACCACAAACCCCUUCUAGAAUCGAGAACACGACACUAGAGGAUGGGACGACACGUACCACCAACACGAACACGCCAAGAAGCCUUCACGGAAGCAAGAAGCGUAAGCGGACCUCGGAGACGGUGUUUGCUUCCAAGAAGCGCAAGCAGUCCCCAUUCAAGACCUUCUUCUCAGGUCUUCUGGGCCGCAGCCAGGAGGCCGAUGACGAGAUUGAUGAUGAGAUUGUCGUGGCCGGCAGUCAGGGUCAUGAUGAGCCAUCGCUUUCCCCACAACAGGAUGAUGUCGCGAUCGAGGAAGACACCUCUUCGCAGAUAUAUUCCACAUCAGGCAAGACAUGGUCACCUCAAGUACUAGUUUCCCCUCCUGCCCAAGCAGCUGUGGAAGGCAUUCAUUCACAAGAGACUCGCGACAUCGCCGUCAAUGAGCCAGAAGUCACACGCAAACGGGGACGCGGUCGGCCCAAGAAGAAGUCCCAUAAUCGAGGAUCUAGCAGUGGGCCUCCUCCGGCCGUAGCAGGAAUCAAACGGUCUGCAUCUGCUCUCGAUGCUGCAAGCACAGACAGUCACCAUACCUCGAGUACAAGUCGGAUUGAAGACACUCCGGCACCACCACAAACGCGUAAGCAGCGGAGGGCGGAGAAUGCAGCUCAGGAUGCAUCUAGAAGUGCGUCUCAGAACGAGUCUCAGGCUACGAGUGGCACAUCUGCCAACAGUGAGCAAGGUGAUCAACAGCCUGCGGCAAACGCCAACCGCGGCAGGAAGAUUGCGAAGCCGACCAGCCUCAUAGGAAAAUUGAAAGGUGCGCUUGCAGAGUGCAAGAAGAUGAUCUUGGGCACAGAUGAGGAUGAAAGGGCUAUUGACGACUUGAUGUUCGAAAUUCGACGGGAGGUCUUUGAGGCGAGAAGAAGAGGGAAAGCUUAG